GCAUCCCAGGAGGCAGAGAACUGGAAAGAAGAGCCCCAGAAUGUGAGUUCCGAGAGAAGAUGAAGACCGGAGCAUUUCUGUCGAAAGGAUGAACCUGGAACAGCUACCACCCAAUAAGGAACGGUAGCCCUGGUAGAGCCAAUGAGGACAAGAAGCAUAUUAUACAGUGCCAAGUUUCAAAAGGGCACCACGAGGACCCCCCCAGUGGCAAGGAGAGCAGCUUUGAAAGCAUUCUGGUCCUGUCAAAAAAUCAGCAAGGAGAUUUGAUCUGGCUUCUAUCUCAAACAACCAGUUCCCCUGGAGAACAGAACCUCGCCUCUCCUGAGAGAGCAGUGAGCCACGUUCGGGCUGCUUUCCACAGCUUUCUCGCUGCUGGUGAAGGAACUGGAAGAAGUCACUCAGUUGCUCCACAAAAAUUGCCAAGGAAGACCACCCUGUUCUGAAGAAAGAUUUUUCCACUCCAAGUUCCUAGGGAUGCAGAGAUGCAGGACAAACAAAACGGGCAGUACCUCCAACUGCAGCUCCGUCGUGAUGCCCAUGGAGUGCUACAUGGUCCUUGACGAUUCUGCUCAGAAGACCGUCAUUGCUGUGCUGUGCUGCACCAUCGGGAGCCUUUGCAUCCUAGAGAACUCCUUGGUGUUGUACCUCAUAUUUUCUUCCCGACGGAUCCGGAGGAAGCCUUCCUAUCUCUUCAUUAGCAGCCUGGCGGUGGCAGAUACGCUAGCCAGUAUCAUCUUUGUCUCCAGCUUUGUAAAUUUCCAUGUUUUCAAUGGGACAGAUCCCUCGAAGGAAGUCUUCUUGCUGAAGCUCGGUGGAGUCACCACCUCCUUUACAGCUUCCCUGGGCAGCCUCCUGUUGAUGGCGUUUGAUCGGUACAUCUGUAUCCUCAAGCCAUCAGACUAUAAGGUCCUCAUAACAAGUAGAAGAGCUUUGAUAGCUUUGGUGGUCCUCUGGGUCAUCAUUAUGUUCAUCGCUUUCCUGCCUCUCCUGGGAUGGAACUGCUGCACCCUGGACUCCACCUGUUCUGAGUUGUUUCCCUUUGUCGACACCAAGUACCUCUCAUGCUGGAUAACUUUGGUAGUGAUCCUUCUGGUAUUUAUUGUGUACGCUUACAUGCACAUCCUUUGGAAGGCCCGUAAGCAUGCCUUGUACAUGAAGAAGCACCAGACCCAAGCUGGGCAGCAGAACACAAGGAUGCGAAUGGACAUCACUUUGGCCAAGACCUUAGUGAUCGUCCUGGUGGUCCUCGUGAUGUGCUGGUCACCGGUCUUGGUGCUCAUGACUUACAGCGUGUUUGCCAAACUGGACGACCCCAUCAGGAAGACAUUUGCCUUCUGUAGCACUCUCUGCCUGGUGAACUCUAUGGUCAACCCGGCUAUCUACGCCCUACGGAGUAGGGAGAUGUGUUCCUCUUUGAGGAAAGUCUGUUCCUGUUUGGAAAGGAUGCCGGGCUUCUCAGAAAGCAACCCAGAAGCAGAGAGCACUCAGAAGUCUUGCCCGAUAGAAACCGUUUAUGAGGAAGUCAUCUGUAACGCAAAGGCAGAACCAACAGAGGUCUGAACUCCACCACACACAGACGGACAGUUUCUUCCUGUCUGAACAGACUCUAGAACUUAUUUUCUAUAGGCUCAGCUCUGAGCCUAGUAGCAUGAUGAUUUCCCAGGCUGCGGGUUAGAAGCAUUUAGGCUGCCAGUGAAUGGCAGGACCAACACAUCCAAGCAGUUUCAAGGAGUUCAUCUUCCAGAUGAGAAAGAGCCAGUUGUAGUGGUUAGAGCAUACGAUCUCAGAGACCCAGAUUCAAACCCCUGCAUUGCUCUGAAGGUAACUGGGUGAUCUCAGGGGCAGUCUUGGCCACAUGGAAUCCGGAGCAGCUGCCCCAGGCUGGGCAUUCCCCCCAUCUGGCCAUGGCCUCACCCACCCACCUGACUGUGAAGGAAAAAACAGGGAGAGUAGGCUCCCUCCUCCCCUAGGGCUCAGCAGUGCAUGCAUGCUCCCUUAGCAGCUGGCUCACAGACCACCCCUUGCUUGGCGCUGGAGUAGCCCUGAUGGGGAAACAGCAGGGGAGGCCCCCCAAGAAUCACUUAGGUGACCAUGGAUCCAAUAUCAUGCUAUCAGUAUAACCUACCUCACAGAAUUUUUGUGAGGAUAAAAUGGGGCUGGAGAACCAUAUGUCCUGCACUGAACUCCUUUCUGGAAGGCCCGUAUAAAAACGUACUAGGAAUUGAAAUAGAUGGUCAAGUCCUGAACAAUCUUUACUGGAAUGCUGUUUAGAAAACUCCUUGGUAGUCUGUUCCUUGAGUGUAUGACUAUGUUAUGGAUGCCUGGUUGAGUGUAUGGUUGGGGUAAGGCUGUGGCUCAGUGGCAGAACAUCUGAUUGGCAUGUAGAAGAUCCCAAGUUCAAUCCCCAGCAUCUCUAGCUGAAAGGAUCAGUAAGCAGGUAAUGUGAAAGACCUCCGUCUGAGAUGCCAAAGAGCCACUGCCAGUCUGACGAAACAACAGUGACCCUGAUGGACCAAAGUUCUGAUUCAAUAAAAGUUUCAUGUGAUGUUUUAAUUUUUUGCACUAC